AUGGCAGCUAAGGCCUUCCGGAAGGAAGUAAGGCUAGCCAAGGCAAGAUACUGGACAGACCAGAUCGACAAGAUGGACACAGACAAGGAGAUGUACCGAGUCAUGGGAUGGCAUAAGCCCUCCAGCCAGCUCAGGGCACCCCCUCUACAGGACGGUGAAAACAUAGUCACCGCACCCAUUGAGAAGGCUAACGUCUUACGGAAACGACUACUGGAGAGAUUUAACGCCGACACAGACAUCGAUCUAUACACGCUAGUGGUCCCUAGACGGAGGAUAAAAAGGUCUGACUCUAUCCCCCUAGAGGAAGUGGAAUCAGUACUGCUUGGAGCCGGAAAUACUACCCUGGGGGUAGACGGGAUAACGAUGACCCUCCUCUGGGCCGCCUGGCUACAGAUACAGGGGGACGCUGAGACCGUGAUGAUCCUAAAGCCAAACAAGGACAUUAGCCUUCCUGGCGGCUGGCGACCUAUAUCGCUGUUAUUGACUAUUGGGAAGGGCCUUGAAAGGCUGGUGGCCAGAAGGAUGGCGCAGAAGAUUGUCAAAUACAACAUACUACACCCCCAGGUAGCAGGAGCACUACCAGGACGCUCAGCCACGGACAUAGUAGCCGCGCUUACACACGACGUCAAAACAGCACUGGACUAA